CCACCCCCCCCCUCCCGCCGGGACUGCCACGAAUUCGGUCGCGCGCCGCUCUCGCUUCCCCCCCCCCAAGUCUCGCGGGAACAUCGCCGCCGCUGGAAUGGAGAUGCGGACGGGACACCGUUUCCUGGAGGCGGGUUUUCGGGGUCCCCCUCGCGCCCGGGACCCCCGCUGGAUGCAUCACUGUAAACGUUACCACUCACCUGAGCCCGAGCCCUAUAUGAGCCAUAGAUGGAAGAGGCGGCGGUCUCGUAGCAGGGAGCACCACGAGGGAAGAUCACGGUAUCCCACUCUCCGGGAUUUUCCUCGGAGGUCACGUUCUAGAAGCCAGGACAGAUUGCCUUACCAGAGAGGGUACCGAGACAGGACAGACAGUGAAUUCCACAAGUUUGAAGAGCAAAGCCCGUCUUUUGUAGAGGACUAUUACUCUACCCGUCGUUCACGUCACCACAGGAGAUCUCGGGAGCGUCAUCGGACCAGGAAGCACCAACAUCGUUGCCGGAAACGCAGGACCAGGUCUUGUAGCAGCACCUCCUCGAGAAGCCAACAGAGCAAUAAGCGCAGCAGGAGCGUGGAAGAUGACAAGGAAGGUCACCUGGUGUGCAGGAUCGGCGAUUGGCUCCAAGAGCGAUACGAAAUUGUGGGCAGCCUUGGCGAAGGGACUUUUGGCAAAGUGGUGGAGUGCGUGGACCACGCCAGAGGCAAAUCUCUGGUAGCUUUGAAAAUUAUUCGAAAUGUGGGCAAAUACCGUGAAGCAGCCCGACUAGAAAUUAAUGUCCUAAAGAAAAUCAAAGAAAAAGAAAAGGACAGUAAACAGCCUAGCUUGUGCGUCUUGAUGUCGGACUGGUUCAACUUCCAUGGCCACAUGUGCAUUGCCUUCGAGCUGCUGGGCAAGAACACCUUUGAGUUUCUGAAAGAGAAUAACUUCCAGCCCUACCCUCUUGCACAGAUAAGGCACAUGGCCUACCAGCUGUGCCAUGCCUUGAAAUUUCUGCACGACAACCAGCUGACACACACAGAUCUCAAACCUGAAAACAUCUUGUUUGUCAACGCGGAAUUUGAUACCUUGUACAAUGAGAAAAAGAACUGUGAAGAGAAAUCUAUCAGGAACACCUGUAUCCGGGUGGCAGAUUUUGGGAGCGCCACUUUUGACCAUGAGCAUCACACCACCAUUGUGGCAACUCGGCACUACCGGCCGCCAGAAGUGAUCUUGGAGCUGGGCUGGGCACAGCCUUGUGAUGUCUGGAGCAUCGGUUGCAUCCUGUUUGAAUAUUACCGGGGAUUCACACUUUUCCAGACUCACGAGAACAGAGAACACCUAGUAAUGAUGGAGAAAAUCCUUGGCCCAAUGCCACAGCACAUGAUCCGCAAAACUAGGAAACAGAAAUACUUCCACAAAGGAAAUUUAGUAUGGGAUGAGAACACUUCAGAUGGAAGAUAUGUGCAAGAGAACUGCAAACCACUACAGACGUACAUGCUCCACAAUUCCACCGAGCACCUGCAGUUGUUUAACCUGAUGAUGCAAAUGUUAGAGUUUGAUCCUGCGCAGCGGGUCACGUUUGGUGAAGCUCUGGUCCACCCCUUCUUCGCCGGCUUAUCUCCAGAGGAACGGCGGCUGACUUGCCGAGAUUCGAGCCGCGAUUUAAGCAGAUGACAGACAAGGUAGAGGGGAGCUCCCCCAGUAGGAUGUGUAAAUACUCUGAGAUUAGUCUGACCUCUGCUAGGAACAACGUCGAGGGUCCCGUUCCCCCCCCCCUGGGAGCACCAUGGACUGUGGUGUUGGUGCGCUCUCAGAAAUGGACAUCGGAUGGGUUGUGGGGACGGGACUGCAGUCCAGAAGCACAGAUUUCUCUCAUAAUUUAUAUGUUGUAAAGUUCAAAUAAAGUGUUUCAUAUUGUUUGAUAA